GCUGCGACGGGGUCCGUGCCCUGCUCCAGCGCCGGGGGAGCACAAGGACUCCUGCCUCCCCCGGGAGGGAGGGCAGCCUCAGCCCGCCGGGAAGGGGGGGCAGCCCGGGGCAGGGUCCCGGCAGAGCCCGGUCAGCGCUGCGGCGGGCGGGGCGCUGCGCCUCCUGGCAGGGCCCCGUCCCCCUCCCGAGCCGCUAAAUAUAGCCCCGGCCGCAGGCGAGGGCAGCGGCGAUUGCCCGGUUUAGAGAGCGGCCCCGGCCCGCUCUGCCGCUGCCAGAACCCCCGCGGGACGGGACGGGAGGGACAGGACCCCCAGACACGUUCGCCGCCGCCAGCCCCGACGGGGCGCCCGCUGCCGCGGGGGGAGCCCCGCCGAGCGACCAGCUCUAGCCCCCGGUGCCCGGCUGGCGCCUCCACCCCCGGCAGCUGUCCCCGUCCGUUCGCGGCCACCGUUCCCCACCGGAGGGGUCACCCUCUCCAUCCCCAGCCGCCCCUCCUCCCCCCUCGCUGCGUCAGCGGGGGGACCCAGGCGCCCCGGGACCGGUGGUUGCAGAGGGGACACACACACACACACACACGACGGGGCAGUAGCGGCGGGGGGACACGGUCAGGGGCCGGUAGGGCUGUCCAAGGUCACAGCGGGGAAGGAGGGGGCGUGUCGCGGCUGCUCUGCCGUGCCCGGUGCUCCGGGGGGUUGCGGCGCCCCCCCGCCGCCGUGCCCUCCGCCCCGCCCGCACUCACCAUGCUGCGGCUGGGGGUCCGGGCUCUCCCGGCGACUCGGUGCGGCGGGGCUCAGCGCGGAGCUGCGGCUGCUGCAAUCCCCUCCGCAGCGCCUCUUAUAGGUGGGAGGGGCUUGGUUCCGUCACGCCCCCUCAUUUGGGUACAUUUGCAUGCGGGGCGGGAGUACCCACCUUGGAGGCAGGGGGAGUCUGUCUGUGUCCCUCCCGGCUGCGGAGAAACCCUAAGGUGUGGGGGCCGGAGCUGCCCUCCCUCCUCUGCUGGGAGGAAGCGGUGGGCGUCCAGCCAGGCUGCGGGCAGGAGGUCCGGCCUCCAGACCACAGGGGUUACAGGCGGUGCUCAGCCACCAGGAUGGGGCCUGGAGCAGGUACAGCAGUCUCUACACUGCUCUGCCACCAGAUCCCCUGGGAUUUAGGGACACCUCGAGACCACCUAGGCCUCUACAACAGGAAAAAGUAGGAAAAACAUGUUAAGAAAUACGCAUCAGGCUCUGGAGUUCAAGGUGCUUGCAAACCUCCCUCUGCCAUCAGUACUUUGGGGACCUCUGGCUGAGGACUGCUUUUCUCUCCUGAUGGGGACAGGCAGGCAGUGCCGCACACCUCCACGAGACUGCAGAUCAGCACAGCAAAUCUGGGCUGGGGAGCUGGCCCAGCUGCAAAAAAAAAGGGUCAUUGCAGCCCAUUUGCUGUUGACGACUUGUGACUACACUCAGAGAAGCCGCUCAGUUUGAGCCCCAGCUGGCGCAGCCUCCCCUGCCAGAGCCAGGGCUGAUGCUGAGGAUGCGUGGACCAGCAACCUGGCUGCUGGCUGGGCAAAAGGCAGAGCCCAGCACCCCCAGCCUUGCACACACCAUGCAGCGGGGAAAGGGCUCUGUCCUUGCUGCCAGGGCAUGGGUGCACUCACACAGCUGUCCCUGCCCGUGGGGGGUCUGCUGCUCAGUAGACACUGCUGUGUCCCUCUGCGGUGGGGUCCAGAUCAGA